AUGCACGAACACAGCCCGCAAGGGCUUUUCCGGAGCAGACGUGCUGGUUCUCCAAGCUCUCAUUCAAAGGUUCCUUCCUGGCUUCUUCAUGAACAGGGCAGUGAGGAAGGCUGGGCAAAGACAGAGCCCGCCCCUGCACGGCCGGUCGAGGAGGAAUACAUCAAGGACUUCAUCAACUCACCUCAGCGUAAAGCUUUGAGCACCCCUUCCUUCUUGGUGGUCAGUGGUUCCCAAGGCAUUGGGAAAUCAACCAUGCUGAACAAUCUCAUGUGUGAGCAUGUGAAGAAUGGCAAAAAGGUGCUUCCGCUCAAGAUGUCAAGCCGUCCUGGUGAGGACUUGAAACUCAAUGAAGCGCUGCCAAAAGCAUUGCAAGCAGUAAAUUUGUCGCGAUACCACCUAGAACAAGUGGAGUAUAUGCUGGAACGGGUGAAUGAGACGUCCAAGCGCCGAACAGGCAGUGCCGUCGUUGUAUACCUGCAACUCACAACCAAAAGCCGCGGAGACAAAUUUAGCAGGGAUGCCUGUGAUGACAUUGCUUCCACCCUCGGUGCCUUCGCACGCAACAUCACCUACGACAAGGCGGCGUGCAAGUUCAUUUUGGAGGUCAGCGUGUCUGCAGUGGCAGACAUCAUCAAAGAAAGGUUUAACAUGUCAGAUUUGGUGUUGGUGCGACCGCUACCUUUCGAAGACUUCACGUCUGUGGUGAAGGAGGUGGCGAAGCAGGGAAACGGCUUCGGGACGCUGAACAAGGUUCUUGCCGACGACAAGGUAGCGGAGGUGUUGAAGUACUACUACAUCCGCGCUGGGGGCAACUUCCGCGACUUGGGCGAGAUACUGCGAAAUGUCUCCGGAGAAGGUCAGAAAGGUGCGGAUGCGGUCAUCGAGCGGGUUGAGCAGUGGUACAUGCGGAGGGUGGAACCAAUUCAAAGGAAAUUGGAUGACCAGGAAGUGAAGGACUAUCUCCUCAAGGUGGCAGAGGCAGAUCCCAUGGGGUAUCUCCCAAAGAGCGACAAAGACACCAAAAUGGCGUUGAAGCUUCUUCGUGAGGAGCCAGCAGACUGCACCCUGAGGAGUACAACCAGUGAAACUGUGGCUUUGAAGCAUUGGCAUUUCGUCGCCAAGCUCUUUCAAGAGGACGAGCAGAAGUUGAGGGAUGCAGGAUGCAUGUGA